AUGAAACAGGCUAUCGUUGAACACAUGCCCGAUGUUACGCACCGUCUCUGCGCUUGGCAUCUCAAUACAAAUGCUUCGAAAAAGGUUAAAGAUCCGAUCUUCUUAAAAACAUUUAAGGAUCUCAUGUACAACUACUACGAGGAGGAAGAAUUUGAAGCAAGAUGGUUAGACGUCAUCCAAACCCAACAACUAACAGAUAAUGAAUGGUGUCAAACAACAUUCGAGUCAAGACAACAAUGGGCAGAAACUUAUUUAAGGGGUUCAUUCGUUGCAGGAAUGAGAACCACACAACGUUGCGAAUCCAUCAACUCCGCUCUAAAAAAAUUUUUAGAGAAGAAUUAUUGCUUGCGUGAAUUUGUAACAACCAUAGAUAUGACAGUCUCAAAGCUCAGACACAACGAGACUGCAAAUGACUUCAAAAGCAGAUGCACACGACCUCACCCACCUAAUCCUACAUGCUUGACCACUUACUACAAACAAUGUGCUGAAUUCUACACAAGAACUAUGUACCACAAGGUUGCUGAGCAGCUUGAUUUAGAGAAUAACUAUUUUGUCAUAACUCAAGAGCAAGAAGGAGAGUGGCAGAUAUUCACCAUUGGAAAGUUCCAGCAUCCGGACGUCCAAUACCGAGUUCAUUACUGUGAAGGCCGAAGAGCACUACACUGUAGUUGCUUGCUCUAUGAAAGUCAAGGGUACCCUUGUAGACAUUUAUGGGCUACAAUGAAAAGAUUAAACAUGAGAAGAAUACCUAAUUCUCUUCUCAUGAAGUGA